GAGCUAUGCAUUGACUCAAAUGUAGGUGGUAAAGAUUUUAGUUUUUCGAUUAACCCAAGGACCGAUCAAAUCAAAAUCGAUUUUUUUAACCCAUUCAUUCAUAGACCUAAAGGCGAAAAAUUUGGGAUUCAAAUGGGCCCUGAUGGUUUUUUAAAUAAUAAAAAAAGCCUCACUUACUAUCAAGAUAGAAAUGGUAAUGUUUUUUCACUAUCAAAAUCCUCUGAAAGUCCUUUUGGAAACUCAAAUAAUAGCAAUAGUAUAUUUAAUAUUGAAGAAACCUCACUGGCCUAUUCAUACUCACUAUUUAAUCAAACAUUUUCAAUUAUUUCAAGUGACUGUUCUGCCAUAAUAGGUGAUAGAAAUAACAAUAAAAUACAUAAAGCACAUACUGGAAAUUCUUAUAAAACAAGUAUACAAAAUAUAUAUAAAAUUAAAGAUGACGAAUCAAAUUCAUUAUUUUGCAGACUACAUUCCGAAAUAGCAGUGCCCUAUUUAUCAUCAUGUUCAUUUUUAAAAUCACAAUUAUUUUUUACAAAAAUUUUAAAAUAUAGAAAUAAUAUUUCUCUUAGAAUAGAUGGAUCCAUUGGUAAUAUUUUUAAUUUUAAGAGUCAAUCAUUUAUACCUUUGAACGAAAGAUUUUUUAAUGGUAAAAACUAUGGAUUUCCUGGGUUUAAAAAAUCAAGUUUAAGCGAUAAUACUAAUGGUGCACCAUAUCUUGGAAGUACAGCUUAUUAUACAAUUAGAACAACAUUAUCUAAAAAAAUAAACCAUUCACUUUGUGGAAUAUUUUAUUUCAAUCUAGGUAAUUUCAAUUUAUCAAUUAACAAUAAAGAUUGCAGUAACAGAUCUAUCAUAAGCAAUUUAAAUAAAAACAUUCGUACCUCAUUUGGUUUGGGCAUUAGUUUCGAUAUGGGCGACUCGUUAAUUUUAGUCAGUAUGGUAAAACCAAUAAAUUACUUUAACAAAGAUAAACUAAAUACUUUUUCGCUC